GUUUCUACAUCGACGAAAAACAUUAAAAAAUCAUCUAACAAUUGCUCAACCGGACAAAUAAAUGCAUAAAUUACUCUCAAAAUGUCUCCAGGUGCCAAGAAGUGUCGCUCCUCACACAGUAAAAUUAUGCACGAGCACAGUCCGCACAAAAUUGGAUGAGAUCCGAGAGACGAUAAAACCUCACGAAGCAAAGAAUUAUGGACAACCGACACCUGAAACCCACUCACAUUUACUCAAACCCGGCGAAUUCACACCUGGCAUAACAUUACAGGAAUUUCAGGCACGUCGCACGAAACUCGUCGAAAAAAUUGUCACCAAUUCCAAUGCCAGGCAACAUUACGUCUUGAUACCGUCGGGCAAGAAAAAAUUCAUGAGCGGCAAAAUUCCCUACGUCUUUCGACAAAAUACGGAUUUUUUCUACCUAACCGGGUGCCAGGAACCGGAUUCGUGUCUUUUGCUCGAAAUAAAUGACGAAAAAUGCGUUUCGACGAUGUUCCUGCGACCGAAAGACAAGAACAUGGAGAUGUGGGAUGGGGUCGUUACGGGACUCGGGGAUGGUCCGGAGUUCUUUGGGGUCGAUCAGUCGAUUGAUAUUGCUGAUUUAACGAAUUAUUUGGGAUUGACCUUCAAAUCAUCGCAACCUGAGGUAAUUUGGUACAAUUCUGAUGAAAGUGAGUUUCCCCGACUCACAUCGACGGUCAAAGAAUUGAUUCAAGCGACAGCGGGAGCGAAUCUCACAUCACCCACAAACCUCAUCCAUCAAUUACGUCUCUUUAAGUCGCCGUCGGAGCAAAAACUCAUGCAACGAACAUGUCAAAUCGCCGCCGAAGCGAUUAACGAGACAAUUUCUUGGUGUCGCCCUGAUAUUUCGGAGCAUCAUUUGUAUGCCAAAGUCGAUUAUGAGUGUCGGAUGCGCGAUGCGAACUUUUUGGCAUAUCCUCCGGUCGUGGCAACGGGCGCCAAUGCAACGACCAUCCAUUACAUCAACAAUUGUCAGAUGGCGCGUGCCGGCGAAACAGUUUUAAUGGAUGCCGGAUGCGAAUUUGGCGGAUAUUCGUCGGAUAUAACGCGAACUUUUCCGGUUGACGGCAAAUUUACGGAAGCGCAACGCGUUUUAUAUGAAGUUGUGUUGCAGACCCAAACGAACCUCAUUCGGGUGUUGCAGGAAAAAGAGUGUUCCUUAGAUGAAUUGUUCGAAAUUAUGUGUUUGGAGCUCGGAAAGUGCUUGAAAGAGAUCGGAUUGAUACCGAAACACGUGUCGGGCGUUGAAUUGGCGCGAGCGGCAUACAAAUUUUGUCCGCAUCACGUGUCACAUUACCUCGGGAUGGACGUUCACGAUACCUCGACGAUCUCACGAGGCCUCAAAUUGGAGCCCGGCAUGUGUUUCACGAUCGAACCCGGACUGUACAUCAGCAGGAACAGCAGGACUGUGCCGGAAGAGUUCCGCGGAAUCGGAAUUCGCAUUGAAGACGAUGCCUUGAUGUUACCCAACCGAAAGUUACAAAUACUUACGGAGACCUGUGUUAAAGACGUCAAAGAUGUUGAGCGGUAGAUUGAAUUUUUAAAAAUAAAAAAAAAAGUUUUAACCUCGUACAUGGCUUUAUUCAAAUA